CUUGACCUUGUUUUGUCCAACUCCACGCUUCUAAUCUCCCCAUCUUUCCACACUCGCUUUCAAUCAAACAGACCUUCCUUCUUUCUUCUUCGUGGUCAGGAACGCGAAAUAGUUACAGCCCUUCAUAUCUCUAAUCAAUCGUUUUGAAAACGUGCUUCUGGGGAGCCGUUUGUGAAUCGGUUGAAAGAUUAUCGUCGAGCAGCAGAUUACUCUCGCUUGCAUCUCCUGCCGCCGAAGGGGUGUAGUAAACCAACCACCUUCUUAUCAACCAACUUUCUUCGAACCGCCCAGACCGACGACCAUCCCGCCUCGAUCCACAUCAAUCGACGACGACAACAAUCUAUGCGAUCGUCUAUCUAGAGAGAAGCAUUUCCAGCCGCUCCUCUCAGGGCAUCAUCAUCCCAUCCGUACAGGUUCAAUCGGACCGCAAAGUCAAUUCGGCAACAUCGGAUCGAACUAGCGACGAAUUUCGACAUUGAGAAAUAGAAAGGGGCUACUGGAUUUUUGAGGGGCCGACCAUCACCCUAUAGCGAUCAUGCUACCAUUAUUAUCGAAGGCAUCAUGCCUUCUUCCGACGCUGCUCACUGUGGCAUCCUUCCUGGCGCCUGUAGUUGCGGACCAGCCGAUAUUGAAGUCGACGUCGCUUUACCCAUGUGCGGAUAACUCUGGGUUCAGUGCCAGUCUCUUCACCGUUCAGUUCACGCCCGAGAACAACUCGGUCCUCGUUGAAGCAGCCUUUGUGUCUUCGAUUGAGGGCAAGGUCAUUUUCGACGCUCAAGUCUCGGCCUACGGAUACACGUUCCUGUCCCAGAAACUGGACCCUUGCGAUAAAGACUCACCACUGAAGGGAUUAUGUCCGAUGACUGCUGGAAAGAUUCCUAUGCCAAAAUUCACCCUCGACGUGCCCGCAUCAGCAACAAAGCAGAUUCCCUCAAUCGCCUUCAACUUCCCCGACCUCGAUGCCAAAGUCAAGAUCCUGAUCAGCUACGCCGACGGCGCCAACAAGGGCAAGCAGGUGGCGUGUGUACAGGCCGAAUUCCAGAACGGAAAGACAGUAGAUCUUCUCGGAAUCAAGUGGGCAACUGCCAUCGUUGCUGGUCUUGCUUUGCUAGCCUCGGCCGUUAUCAACGGUCUGGGCCAUUCAAACGCAGCCUCGCACGUCGCUGCCAAUGCACUGUCGCUCUUUGGUUACUUCCAAGCCCAGGCCAUGAUUGGCAUGACGGGUGUGACUUUGCCCCCUAUUGUUCGCGCCUGGACUCAGAACUUCCAGUGGACCAUGGGUAUCAUCCGUGUUGGUUUCAUGCAAGAUAUUGCGACCUGGUACCAGCGCGCCACGGGAGGCACACCGGCGACGCUUUUCGACGACUUACAGUCGGUUUCCGUCCAGAUUAUGAAGCGCUCGCUCCAAGCCGUUCCUCAAAUUGCCGACAGGGCCCACGGUGUCUACACCCGCUCCCUGGCCAGGAUGCCGCGCGACGUUGCAACCACUGCCGGUCAGAUCUCGGAGACGGGUGCACACCUGAUGAAGCGUGGCAACAUCAAGACUGAUUCGGGUAGCUUCGUCGUCUAUGGCAUCCAGCGCGCUGCCUUCAAGGCCGGAAUUGAGACCACCAACCUGUUUUUGACUGGAUUGAUGUUCUUCUGCAUCUUUGUCAUCAUUGUCGCUAUCGGCGUCGUCGUUUUCAAGGGCUUUUGCGAGCUUGCAGCCAGGCGUAACUGGACCAAGCCUGACACUUUCCUCGAGUUCCGUCAGACCUGGCUUACCGUCCUCAAGGGUAUCCUCUUCCGUGUUACACUUAUUGGUCUUCCUCAAAUGACCAUUCUCUGUCUCUGGGAGUUCACUCAGGUCGACUCGUCAGCUCUCGUGGUCCUGGCUGUCUUCUUCCUGAUCGGUAUGAUUGCCACUCUGGGAUGGGCCGCCUUCAAGGUCAUUCGGAUUGCCCGUCGUUCGGUUGCCAUGCACCGCAACCCGGCCUACAUUCUCUUUGCGGAUCCCCAGUGCCUCAACAAGUGGGGUUUCCUCUACGUCCAGUUCCGCGCAUCAGCCUACUACUUUAUCGUUCCUUUCCUGGUUUACAUCAUCAUCAAGUCCAUGUUCGUUGCUUUCGCCCAGAACAAUGGAACUGCCCAGGCCAUUGGGUUCAUUCUGAUCGAGGCUGCUGCACUCAUUACCGCUUCAGUGCUUAGACCCUGGAUGGACAAGAGCACAAACUCGUUCAACAUUUCCAUUUGUGUCAUGAACUUCCUCAACUCAAUCUUCCUCUUGAUCUUCACCGAGGUUUUCAGCCAGCCUGCAUUGGUCACGGGUGUUGUGGGCCUGAUUCUUUGGAUCUCCAACGCAGUCUUUGCCCUCGUCCUGUUGCUCAUGCUUAUUGUUACAACCACCAUUGUACUAUUCCGUAAGAACCCCGACAACCGCUACCAGGUCAUGGCCGACGACCGUACCUCGUUCAUGAAGUCGCAGACUCAACUUACUGCUACCACGGAGCUGGAUGCUCUGGCUGCCACUGCUCGUGGUGACAAGGCUGGCUACAAGAACGACCUCGAUGACGACGCCGACUCGAUCUCCUCGGCUUCAAUUCGCCGCCGCCAGGAUCCUGCCAACAUGCCGCUACCUCCUUCGACCGCCAACUCGUCGUACAAGGAGUCGGCUCCUCCCAAGUCACCGGUCGACCCGUCGGUACCUCUGUUCCCUGCGGAUGGUCGUCGUGGUCAGUAUGGCCCUGGUGGCGUGCCAAACCGUACACCGAGCCCUUACAACCCCAGUUCGUCAACAUCAAAUCUGUCAACACAUGGGGGUUACAGGCAGCAACAAAAUACCAGUCCAGGAGGAUUCAGGCCAAACACUGCGCCUAGCCCAUGGCAACGAGGUGCCGGUUACGACUAGAUGAACCAUUAGAAACCCGAGCUGAAAGUGCCGAGCUCGGCACAUGAUGAAAUGUACCAUCGGAGCGCAAAACGAGCAUCAACUACAACCGGGUUGCCUUGCAUAGUUUUCUUUUUGUUAUUUGUAAAGGGAAUGUUCAUUUUUUAUUUUGCACAACCAGUCAUGCGAGAUACCCGCCUUUGGGGUUAUUUUCACAUAUAAACAUGCAUGACAGACAGGCGUUGGAGAUGGCGGCCACCAUACGCAACUAGUCUUUUUUUUUUGUUCUUUUACUUUCACUUCCUUUGUUUACUCUGUGGCCGCGCGCGUGCUAUUUUCUAUGUUGUAUUUUCCUUUCUUUUCCAUCUACCAAAACUUGUUUAUUCCAAGUGUAACCAUCCAUCUAGAGGAUUACUAUUACCACGUGAGCAGCUCAAUGGCGGGACCCGAGGGAGUUAGGUCAGAUCGUGUGUACAUAAGCAGCAAGACACAGAAGUUGUAUUAUGAAUGGACAAGGUGGUCUUGAUAAUGGACCAGGUAGUCUUGACAUCAAUGGGUGACCCUCGGCUGGGGCUGCCACACUACCAGGGCUGAGUAACCUUCUCAACAAGCAUUAACGUUGCCUUGAUACUGACCUGGCUACUGGUGUCUUCGCCAAUCCAUGGUCUAUCAGGAG